AUGGGAAACGAGGGAUCAAAGAAAGGAGGCAGAAAGAGACCAGAGGACUAAUUAUUCGAUGCAGCUUUUGAGAUGAGGUAAUAGGCUCGUAUGUUAGAAAGAGAAGCGUAGAAAGUCUAGCAAUAGGAAGUAAAGGAAAAGGCUAAGAUUGCUGCUGAACUUAAAAAGGGAAAUGUUGAAUUCGCGAAGAUAUAUGCUGAGACAGCAAUAAGAACUAGAAAAGAGGCUUUGAAUAUUUAGAGAUUCUCUGCUAAGAUGAGUGCUGUUGCCUCUAAACUAGAUUCCGCUUACAGAACUUAAUAGAUUUCAUAACAAAUUAAGAGUUGUGUUCCUAAACUUCAAUAAUGCCUUGGCUAGAUGAAUAAGAUGAAGAUAAGUGAAUAAAUGAUGCAGUUCGAGAGUGUAUUUGAAGACCUUGAUGUAAAGACUUCCGAUAUCACUGGAGCUCUCGAAUAAGUAACUGGCUCAUCAGUUCAAUAGGAUGAAGUUACCUAAUUAUUGCAAUAAAUGCAAGCUGAGCAUGGUCUUGAAGUUGGAGGAAAUCUGGUUGGACCUGGUUCUUCCUAAAUAAAAUAACAAUAAUCUCAUGCUCAAUAAAAUGAUGUUAAUGAUAUGCAAAGAUAACUUGAUAUGCUAAAGAAUCUAUGA